GACUGGCGAUUGCCGUUUUGCCGUUUGCGGAUUUUCAUAGUUCAGUGCGCUUUCCAGACGACAACGCUGACGACAGCCACACAGCAGCAGCAACAGCAGCAGUGUCUCUUUGUUUUUGUGCCGUCUAAAUAUAAUAAUUUCGUGAUUUAUUUUAAUUGGCCAAAAACGGCGGCCACGACAAUUGUGUGUUGCUCUUGACAGACAGUCAAAGACAAAAACAAAAACAACAAAAAAAUGUGCCACAACUAAGAAAAGAAGAAAGAAAGAAAAAAAACGAGAUUAAACGAAACAAAGUUUCAAGUGAUUUACCAGCUAUAAAUAGUUUGCAAAGUUAUAAACAAAAGCAAGACAAGUUAUGUGUGUGCUAUAAUUAUGCUACUGCUUAUCGCACUUGUUGUUGUUGUUGUUCCUGUUGUUGCUAUUAUUAUUACUAUUAUGCAAUCAUAAAGUGGAGAAACAGAAGCAGAAGAAGCCAAAGAUGCCGCAAUUUGAUGAAUCUUUCUUGAGCGAUUGUGCGCUCGCUGAACGCUGGCGUUUCUAUUCGUACAACGUGCAACAGCUUGAAGAAGAGCCACACCAACACCAUCAGCAACAGCAACAGCAACAGCUGCUGCCAUCGCAGCAACACAGAUCGUUGUGGUCACUGCGCGAUAACAACAACAACAAAAACAACAGCGAUGACAACAACAACAGCAACAACACAAAGCAUACACUGCAUGACAUCAAAUUCCACAGGCGUCGCAAAUAUAAAAAACUGCCACGUUUGGCGCUAUCAGCAACAUCAGCCACAGCAACAACAUCGGCAACAACAACACCCAUUUGCACACCAUUGACACCGCCAACAACACCAUCGACGUUGCUGGUCAAGAAUUUGUCGCGCUACGGCAGCAUCAGUUCUCCAUCCACGCCCAGCAAUUGCUCAGCGGGCGGCGGCGGCGUCGUCGGUGGUUGCAGCAGCAGCAGCAACAACAGCAUCAACAGCAGCAUCUAUACGAGCUCCUCCUCAACGCCUCCGCCACCGCUACAGCAACAGCAACAACAGCUGAAUACAACAACAGCAUCAGCAGCAGCAGGAACAACCACGCCCACAGCGCCCAGAGGCGGAGGAGUUCCACCGGCUCCUCCAAGUGCGGGGUCGACGGGUUCGUCGGGGCACAAGAACAGUUUGAAGGGUACGAAAUUGGCACGGCGUGCGCGGAGCUUUAAGGACGAUCUGAUCGAGAAGAUCUCACUGAUGCGGACCACAAACAAUACGCUGGGUCGCUCCCAUUCGCCGCACAGUCCGCGCAACAAACACGGCAGCCAAAAGCCGCCGCCAACCACCGAGGAAGUGCAGCGAUCGACGCAAACGCUGGAGACACACGUCAAGGACAUCUCGAAUGCCCUCAAGCAUUUUCGCGAUGUCAUACUCAAGAAGAAGCUCGAGGUUCUCCCCGGCAAUGGCACAGUCAUACUGGAGACCAUUGCCAGCAUGUAUUCCGUCAUCCAGUCAUAUACGUUGAACGAGAACAACGCCAUCAUGAACUCGGCCACACAGCAGGUGUAUCAGUCGCUGGGCAAGCUGAUCAAGCUCUGUGACGAGGUCAUGCUUAGCGAGAAGAGCGGCGAGUGCGCCUCGCUAAGCAACGAGAAUGUCCGCGAAGUUAUCGAUCUGCUCGAGGAUGCAGUGCGGAAUCUGGUCACACUGGCGCAGGGCAAACUCAAGGAGCAGGAUCAGUGCGCGUUUCGCUACAGCGGCGCUGGCUUGGGCGGCAUCGGCGCUGCCGCCGAUAUUAUGGGCGCCGUUGCCGUUGCCACCGCGGCGAGCAGCGCUGGCGCUGGCGGUGGCGGUGGCGGGGGAAUGCGACAUCCGGCGCCAACGGAUGUUGCAGCACAACGGACAUCGCUGCCGGACAUUGCGCUGACGCCGAAGGAACGCGACAUCCUAGAGCAGAGCAAUGUGAAUCCGAUGCGUGGCUCGCACAGCAUCGAGAGCAUAUUGCGAGACACGAGCCCGCCGCCAAAACCGCCGCUGCCGAAUCGAGCGAGCAAUCCGCCGCCAUUGCCACCGAAGCGUCGGAGUCAGCCGCAGUCGCAGCUGAUGCAGGCAAGCAACCAACCACCACCGACGUCCGGUAGCAAUAAUAUCGCCUAUGCGAAUGCAAACAACAGUCACUCGUCGCAGGCGAACAGUCCGUUGCCAUAUGCGCAGUCGCACAACAUUAGCAUCAACUCGGAUCUGGAUUGCAGUUCCAACAUCUCGUUGCUUAACUACGGCGUCGAUCUCCUCUCGGUACGCUCACGCUCGCCGGACGAGAACAGUCAAUGCUCAUUCGACUCGGCGCUUAAUCAUUCGCUCGAUGUGGAAGAGCAACUGCAUUUGCCAAAGCCGCCCACGAGACAGCAGCUGCACCAUCAGCAGCAGCAUCUGGAGGACGAUGUGGACAAGAUGAUGAACUACAAUCAAUCUCCAACGAUUCUCAACAUUGAUCAUGCCACAAUUUUGCGAUCAGCAGAAACACAGGCCGAGGCAGUCGCUGCAUCAGUUGUUGCUGCAUCCCUGGAGGCAGCCACAUCCAGUGUACAUGCAACGCCGCCUCCGCUGCCGUCGGCAACUGUUGCAACUGGUGGCUCUGAGGCCAACACGGAGCUGCGCAAAGCAGCGGCAGCAUUAACCAGCAAUCGUCACUCAAAUGAAUCGGGAUUCGUAUCGAUGAUGUCAUUUCGCACGUCCACACAGAGUGUCUCGAAGCGUUCGUCGGAGCACAGUGUGCAAUCAUCGUCCACGAAAUCGUCGAGCAGCAACUCGGAGAUUCUCUUUGGCAUGAGCGAGACGACGGCGUCGACAACGACGUCGACGUCGACGACGAGUCGCAGCAACAACAGCAGCGAGUAUCAGCAGUUGAGUCAAACGCAGUCGUCAUCCACACAGCGUCACAUCACCACCAACAGCAAUGGCGGCAGCAGCAGCUGCAGCAGCACAACAGCAAGUGCAACAAUCAUCAGCAACAGCAGCAGCAGCAACAACAGCGAACAGUUGACAACAGCAACAGCUGCGACAACGACAUUGUCGACCAAUUUGCAUCCGCGUGGCAGCAAUUGCUCAUCGCCGGAACUUUUGGCGCCGGCAUUGCCACCAAAGACACAACAGCGCAUUAAUGCCACACCGCGUAUUGAUGCAGCCAUGGAUGAACUCGAUGAUAAUUUCGAGUUGCCAGAGCUGCGAAUAUUGUCGCCGCACCAUCAUCAGCAUCAUUCGUCGUCAUCGCAGCUGCAUCAGUGGCAAUCGAAGCAUCACAGCCUGAUGGAGCCACCGCGAAGCGCACAUUUGCCAAGCAGCAGCAGCAGCGCCUUUGACCAGCAUUUGGAGAAGCCGCCGCCGUUGCCCAUGAAGAAGAAGCACAUGUUUCAGAGUGUCGCCUUUUCGGUCUUGGCGUAUGUGGAAUGCGUAUACUCGUUGGAGCAUCGGCAUACGAUGCACACUACCUACAACAUCGCCCGCAACAUAUCGCACAGUCAAACCAUGAACAUCAUGCCGAUGAGCAAGGAUAUGUCGCCGGAGCUGGAGACGCCGCCAGCGUUGCCGCCGAAGAACUACAAGCAGCGCAAGGCAUCCACAACAUCCUCCUCCUCCGCCUCCGCCUCAACUACAGUGCCGACAGCAAUCAUCACCACACCGCCAGCUAGUCCGAAGCCCAUGCUAGGCGAUGUCGGGCUGCGAGGCAGUCGCAUGACGACGGUUAGCGAGGAGCUCAACGAUGUGCAGGGUGCGAGCGAAGAUGCUGCUGGUGGAGCGCCGGCGACAUUGGACAGCAAUGAGAAUACGUUUUACUGUCACUCGCAUCAGUUGCCCAGCGAAACAAGGGAAGAGUCCACAAUGUUGGCGCCCAUUAAUACGCCGCAAAUGCUGGAGGCAGGUGGCGAAGAUGUCACUGGCGGAGCGGAGCAACAGCAGACGGAAUCAAGGCAGCAAAUACCUUGUGAACUGGAGCUGGACGAGGAGGAUGAGGAGGAGGAGGAAGAAGAUGUCGAUAAUCAGCUGCCUAAUAUGCUGGAGGAGAUUGACAUUACGCCAUAUUUAAUACUCAAAAAGAAUGAGGAGGAUGGGCCCGAGGUGAAGGGCGGCUACAUUGAUGCGCUGAUCGUGCACGCCAGUCGCGUUCAAAAAGUCGCCGAUAAUGCAUUCAGCGAGGCGUUCAUCACCACCUUUCGCACGUUCAUUCAGCCGAUCGAUGUGAUCGAGAAGCUGACCCAUCGCUACACAUACUUCUUCUGUCAGGUGCACGAUCAGAAGCAGAAGGCGGCCAAGGAGACCUUUUCGCUCCUCGUGCGCGUUGUCAACGAUCUGACCUCCACAGAUCUGACAAGCCAACUGCUGAGCCUGUUGGUGGAGUUUGUCUAUCAGCUGGUCUGCUCCGGUCAGCUCUAUUUGGCCAAGCUGUUGCGCAACAAAUUCGUGGAGAAAGUGACGCUCUACAAGGAUCAACGCAGCAUCCAUUAUGCCUUGGAGCGCGAUCAGCUUGGCGGCAUUAUGGGCAGCGGCGGUGUCUGUAGCGGUGGCAAUCAAUUAAGUUUGCUCGACUUGAAGUCAUUGGAGAUUGCCGAACAGAUGACGCUCCUGGAUGCGGAGUUGUUUCAGAAAAUCGAGAUACCCGAAGUAUUAUUAUUUGCCAAAGAUCAGUGCGAGGAGAAAUCACCCAAUCUCAACAAGUUCACCGAGCACUUUAACAAAAUGUCGUAUUGGGCGCGCUCGAAAAUCUUGCGACUGCAGGACGCCAAGGAGCGCGAGAAGCAUGUGAAUAAGUUUAUCAAAAUCAUGAAACAUUUGCGCAAAAUGAACAAUUACAAUUCGUAUCUGGCUCUGCUCUCUGCCCUGGACUCGGGUCCCAUACGCAGAUUGGAAUGGCAGAAGGGCAUUGCGGAGGAGUUGUGCUCGUUUUGUGCGCUCAUCGAUUCGAGCUCCAGUUUUCGUGCCUAUCGUCAGGCGCUGGCCGAAACCAAUCCGCCCUGCAUACCCUACAUCGGUCUGGUUCUACAGGAUUUGACAUUUGUGCAUGUGGGCAAUCAGGAUUAUGUGUCCAAGGGUGUCAUCAACUUCUCCAAGCGCUGGCAACAGUACAACAUAAUUGUCAACAUGAAACGUUUCAAGAAGUGCGCGUAUCCAUUUCGACGCAAUGAGCGCAUCAUACGAUUUUUUGACAACUUUAAGGAUUUUAUGGGCGAGGAGGAGAUGUGGCAAAUAUCGGAACGCAUCAAGCCCCGUGGUCGACGUCUGGUCAACAACUAUUAGACGUUUGCCUCCUCCACUACAAAACACCAACUACAUUUAUAGUGCAAUGGUUAUACAUAUACUAUAUACUUAUAUAUAUAUAUAUACUAUAUAUUAACUUAGCAAUUACAAACAACAACAACAACAAGAAGAAGAUGAAAACACUGUAACUAUUCUAACUGGGUCUGAGUAAAUAAUCGUUCGCUAAUCGUAUCUAUAUACACAUACAUAUAUAGUUAUAAUAUAUAUAUAUAUAUAUUCAUGUAUAUAUAUCGGCAAAUAUAUGUAUAGCUAAAGCAUGCAGUAAUAAUGUACCUAAAUACCAUAUAAUAACAUUACAAAAAUACCACAGAUCUGUAGUUGAACAAAACAAAAAAGCAGUGCGAUAAAAUAUGAAUUAUGUAAAAACUAUAUAUAUAUAUAUACAAUAAUGUAUAAACAUACAGCAAACACUUCUAAUCGGACGCGAUAUCCUAUUUCAUAUUCUUUGUUUUAUGUACUUUUUUUUUUUGCUUUUGUUUCCCCAACAAAUAUAAUUUUACACUGUAUUAACAACGAAUUUUCUGAACAACAAAACAACAAAAUAUUACGUGUUUGUAGAAGCCAAAAAAAAAACAAGAAAAAAAAACUAAAUCAAAAAAACGUUUAAAGAGUUGUAUGUGUUUUAAAUAAGAUUUAAAGAUAAACAAAACAAAAUGAAACCAAAACGGUAACAAUCACCUAAAAACACCAAAUUGAAACGCACACAAAAAAAGAAAAGAAAAAAAACUAGGAAACCUUUUCACUUGUAAUCUACUACGAUUGGAAUAUUUGGGAUGAUUUAAAUCGUACUUUAUCGUACUUUAAAACUGAUUUUUUUUUGUGCAUGCAGCGCUGUUUCGUUGACCAUUAAAAACGUUGAAGAAAAAAAAAAACAAGAAAACAAAUACCUAUCUUUACCUUUAAAUUGAAACCGCUAAUUUACCUCCACCUCGCAUUUGUUUAAGGUCGGAACUUGAGAACGAUUGACUUGCAGACUGUAUGCACAAAAAUGGUUGAAAUGAAAUACACCCCCCGAGGUUAACACUAGUUAAGAUAUCGACAAGAAAAGCAACAACAAAGUUAACUUUAAAACAAAUCAAUGCCAAGCCAAGACACCAACCUAGCCAAAAUCAAUCGAAAACUAAACAAACAAACAAUAAUUGAGAAAGCUAUAGUCAAGUGUGUGCUCUACUCUUGAGAGAAUACAAUAAAAUUAAGUGUGACCGUGGCAAAGCAAUAUAUCCAAUAUAGCUGCAAUCAAUUCUGAACCCGUUAAAUUAUUUCUUCGACGAUCAUAAUCAAUUUUUUAGAAGCCAUUUCUUUUUUUUAUAUAUAUAUAUAUUUUUUGUCUUAAGAGGUGUGAUCGAAUUCCUAGGUAAAUAUAUAUAUAGCUAUUGUUCCUAUGUUCGGAAUAUAUGGCUAUAUUGUCUUGGGAUCGAAGCUGCCUUCUUGUGCCUGUUUUUGGUUACAAUUCGGUUGACACUAAAUUAUGAUACCCUUCAACCCCAUGGUUACAGGGUAUACUUAAGUUUCACACACUCAAUUAAACGAAUCAACUUGAAAAGUUACAAAAAAAAAAAAUA